CACGCGUCCUGCUAAAGUCUCCUCUUCAGCACCAGGAACAGGGGGCCAGCCCGCAGAGCUCUUCCGGAGGCGGAUAAUCCCCGAGCAUACGCGCAGUCAGGAAGGGAUUGGUACAGCUCACCUUCAGGAAAACACAUUUUUUCAAGGAACGAGUUAGAGAGUCGCUUGAACGAGGCGGGAAAUGGAGAUUCGCGUGUUGUUUUUGCCUCGUAAAUAACAGAAUCUGACACUUUUAUUCUGACAGCUGUUGUUGCGUUUCAUCAACCUGGGAGAAAACCACAAGGAGCCAAUUCUUCCUCCUUUUUUUGUCAUCUUCGUUUCACGUUGGCAUCAUUUCUGCACCACGAUGGUGUCUUUCAACCUGGCGUUGACUCUUCUCGCCGCGGCUCUCUGGAGGGUCAAUGGCGAACCGUUGACCCCUUCAUCUACGACGCACAUAAACUCAACAUCCUCAUCCUCACCGUCAUCCACCGAGAGCGUGGAGCAUCUGAGGGGGAACUCCACGGAUGCUGAUGUGGGAUUCCGCCUUUCACCUCUGAUGGCGCAUCUUCCAACUCUGAAAAAUAUAGUCAUUUUCAUCUGCGUGCUAACAGCUGCUCUCAUCACAUGUCUGGUCAUCAAAGUCAUCAGAUCUGGCAGACGAAUCAGGAAAACACGAAAAUACGACAUAAUAACGACACCCGCUGAGCGUGUGGAGAUGGCUCCCCUCAAUGAGGAGAAUGAGGAUGAAGAUGAUUCAACUCUGUUUGACGUAAAAUACAGGUGAAUUCAGCGACGGACAUCAACAAUAUGGCAACUCCUGCUCCGUUCAGAAGGUUUCCUGUGUUUUUGUGUCCUAAUCAGUGAGCCGUGCUGCUUGAGCGCGGCUUUAGAUAAACUUACGGCGCCGUUCGGAUGUUUGCCGUUCUCGGACACCCCUAUCAUGUGAUCAAACCUGCUUUUUUUGUGUGUUUGAACUGGAGACUGUAUAGAUCUAAAGGAUUCAUACCAAAAUGAUAUUUUUUUACAGGUCAAAGCAAUUAGAAGCCAAAGCCUGCCAAUAUUCUUUUAUUAUAAGAAUUUAUCAAUGCACACGGAAGAGUUGAAGAAAUUAUUAAUCAUGUUGCUGUAAUGCAUUCCUAGAGUUAGUAUGUAUAUUUUUGUAAUCCUAUGCUCAGAUUCAGUCUUACUUUGCUGCUAGCUUCGCUGACCUUUCUUCUGGAGUCGAACUCAGAUCGCAGAAACCAUCAGGACGUAUUUAUGACACGGAUUUAAUGUGUGCCCUGAAUGUGAAUGCUGUCUUCUGUAAUCAGGCGUGGUAAAUUUGAGAGAAUUCAAUUGCAAUCCUAUCCUACUACUGAACUAUAUCAUCAUCGUCAUCAUCAGCAGCAGCUGCAGCCCAAACAUCUGCAGCGGUCUAACAAGCACAAACCCGUGUUUUUGGUUUUGGGAGCAAAACAGAGUCACAUUUCUCAGUUAAAAAUGUUCCACAAAUUUGGUAUAUCUUGUGUAAUGUAAUACUGGGAAUGUAAAGUCCCCCUUGUUUAUGGCUAACUGUGUUACAUGUACCAUCAUGUAGUUGGAGCCUAAAAAAAGAGCGAGCAGCAGGGGCUAUCCAAGGAUGUAUUCGACAAAAAAUGAUUAAACUACUAUUUUAUUUGAUCUCUUUCAUCCAUUUUUGUGUAGAAAAAGUAACAGAGGAGAUCCAGACCGGUGUUGUAACAAGGUACGCUCCCCCUGCCAGAAUGUGUGUUCCCGGUCUCAGAUAUCGUUGAUUUGUUUUGUAACUCUUACAUUUUGUUUUGAUUUGAUUAUGACAGACUUAAUUAUGGGGCUUUUGUGAGUAUUUUCUUUUUUUUUUUUACCACAUAUUCUACAUAAAACGAGAGGGGUGCUGCUGAUCCAGCCCGCCAGAAUCUGUUCCCCCCAAUAAUUUGCUGUGUAAACAACAACUGUUUACUAAUUGUCAGUUGUUACAUGCUUUCAUAACCAAGUUACUUUCAUAAAUCAUGUUUUCUAUCCUAAAAUAUUCAAACAAAUUUAGUUUUUUUCCCUUUUUAACAGAAAAAGUUGUAAUUUUACAUAGAAUAUACGAAAAAAAAAAAUCAAAAUUUUACAAUAAAGCUUCAAAAUAAAGUAUAUCGUAAUUAUCCACUUUCAUUUUACACUUUUUGGGACAAAAUAUGAGUGCUACGAAACAAAUCAACAAUGUCUGAGAACCGGGGACACACAUUCUGACAGGGGGAGCAUACCUUGGCACAACACCUGUAGGUCACCUUCAAUUUGAACUCCAGGCUGUAUCUGGACGUGCUCCAUAAGUGCAGUGGAUGACCUUCAUUCUGUUCUGCUCAGGACAAAAACACUUUUCCCCUACAAUUGAAAUCAAAGACACAAACAUUUUCAUAAGACUAAAUGCGUUUAUUGUCUUUUAACAUACAGAAUAUAUAAUAAGUGUAUAAACGGCUGAAAAAAGCCACUUUUUUUGUAUUUUUCUUAUGCAAGUUUAGUACAAGUUUAACAGAUUUGCUGUUAUUUUAACUGAUUGCAUGAUAACUGUUAACAGAAAUCAGUAGAGGAUUAAACCACAACUCUGAACAUUUAAAAUGAAUAAGGAAAAAACUGAUAAAGUUGUUGUUUUUAAAGGAUCUAGCUCAGGGGUCUGCAACCUUAAAUGCUUAGAGACAUUCAGGCUGAUUUCUGAACCCAGUGGAGCCACAAAGUCUCACUUUAACCCCUUAGAAAAAGCAGACACUGCGUUGUAUUAAUGCUAUUGUUUGUAUUAUGAUAAAUAUUAAUGAAAUAGUGUUUUUAUCAUAAAUAAAAAACAUGAAGAAAAAGUAAAAAACAAAAGACUUCCUUUCAAAAUAAAAGUUUAACUUUGUUUCGUUUCACUUGAUGCACCUACUUAAAGUUUCAAAUUAAAAAUAUUUUUAUUUUCUUGAACCUGAGAGCCACAAUGGAGGGUAAAAGAGACAUAUGGGGCUCCGGAGCCUCAGGUUGCAGACCCCUGGUGUAAAAGAUCUAUUUCUCGUUUUUCUGUGCUCAGUUUGUCCCUAUUUUUGUUGUGUUAAAUGCUGUUAAACCUGUGGAAAAAUUCACCUCAUGUAAACAUGCUAAAUGUAGUUUUUUUAUUUUAUUGGCUUUGAGUCAUUUGCUACAGAAAGACAGUAAAAUAUUUCAACAUUGUGGCUGUUGAAACAUAUAAACCAGCAGAUGUGGACCCACUUGUGGCGUCUUAGUUUCCAUUUCUUUACUGCUUUUGAAGUCUUUUAAAGGGAGAGGCUUGGAAAAAGAUAACAAAAAAAAAAAAA